UGACUAUUGUAGAGUCUCACAUUCCCUGGCUUUUGAUUAGAGUGAAUAUAAAGAAAGAAAAGAUUUGCUGAAAGAACACAAAGAAGAGAAAGAUCUCUUUACAUUUGCAGACACAAACACAAACACAUAGUGAUAGCUAAUGGCUACUACUAAAUUCUGUACAUACCCCUUAUUCCUUCUUCUUCUUCUUCUCUCUCUUACCUUUGCAUUCUUUAUCAAGCUUAGUUCAUCAUCAUCAGAGGUUGACACCCUUCUGUCCUUCAAGGCCUCCAUUGAAGACUCCAAGAAUGCCUUGUCAACUUGGUCAAACACUACAUCAACACACCACUGUAACUGGACUGGAAUCUCAUGCUCCAUUAGCACAACCCCACCUUCUGUAACUUCAAUCAGCCUUCAAAGUUUGAAUCUUUCUGGUGAUAUCUCAGCUUCCAUAUGUGACCUUCCAAGUUUGUCUUAUCUCAACCUUGCUGACAACAUCUUCAACCAACCCAUACCUCUUCAUCUUUCACAGUGCAGCUCACUGGAGACUCUUAACAUCAGCAACAACCUCAUAUGGGGAACUAUCCCAUCUCAGAUUUCUCAGUUUUCUUCUCUCAAAGUUCUUGACUUCAGCAAAAACAAAAUUGAAGGAAUCAUCCCUGAUACCUUAGGCUCACUAAAGAAUCUCCAAGUACUUAACAUGGGGAGCAACUUGCUCUCAGGUUCUGUUCCUGUUAUCUUUGGAAACUUAACCAAGCUUGAGGUUCUUGAUUUGUCUAUGAAUCCAACCUUGGAGAGUGAGAUUCCACAUGACAUUGGUGAACUCAAGAACCUGAAGCAGCUUAUGCUGCAGGGUUCUUCACUCCAAGGAGAAAUUCCACCUUCUUUUGUGGGAUUACUUGGCUUAACUCAUUUAGAUCUCUCUGAGAACAAUCUCACAGGUAAAGUUCCUCAAGAACUUUCUUCUUCUCUCAAGAACCUUGUUUCCUUUGAUGUCUCACAGAACAAGCUCUCAGGGCCAUUUCCAAGUGGAAUUUGCAGAGGCCUUAUAAUACAUCUCAGCCUCCACACAAAUGCAUUCACUGGUUUAAUACCAAACAAUUCCAUUGGUGAAUGCAAGAGUCUUGAGAGGUUCCAAGUUCAAAACAAUGGUUUUUCUGGUAACUUACCUUCUGCAUUGUGGUCAUUGCCAAAAGUGAAGCUCAUUAGAGCUGAGAACAACAGAUUCUCAGGUCAAAUACCUGAAUCAGUAUCUGAAGCUUCACAAUUGGAGCAAGUUCAGCUUGACAACAACACCUUCUCUGGCAAAAUUCCUCAAGGUCUUGGCCUUGUUAAGAGCUUAUACAGAUUCUCAGCAUCACUCAACCACUUCUAUGGUGAAAUCCCACCAAAUUUUUGUGACUCACCAGUUAUGAGCAUUGUGAACCUCUCACACAAUUCUCUCUCUGGUCAAAUCCCAGAACUGAAUAAAUGCAGGAAGCUAGUUUCACUUUCUUUGGCUGAUAAUAGUUUAACCGGAGAAAUACCUUCUUCUCUUGCUGAGCUUCCAGUGUUGACUUACAUUGACCUCUCAGAUAACAACCUCACUGGUCCAAUCCCAGAAGGGCUUCAGAAUCUGAAGCUUGCACUUUUCAAUGUUUCCUUCAAUGAUCUUUCAGGUAAAGUACCAUAUUCCUUGAUUUCAGGUCUUCCUGCUUCAUUCUUGGAAGGAAAUCCUGGUCUUUGUGGCCCUGGAUUGGACAAUUCUUGUUCUGAUGAAGUUGGAAGACACAAAAAUGGUGGCAUUACAACCUUAACAUGUGCAUUGAUCUCCUUAGCCUUUGUUGCUGGUACUGCCAUUGUUGCUGGUGGCUUUGUAUUGUAUAGGAGAUCAUGUAAGGGAAACAAUGAAGUAGGUGUUUGGAGAUCAGUGUUCUUCUAUCCCCUCAGGAUCACUGAGCAUGAUCUCCUCAUAGGAAUGAAUGAGAAGAGUUCAAUGGGAAAUGGUGGCAUUUUCGGAAGAGUUUAUGUUAUGAACUUGCCAAGUGGUGAACUUGUUGCUGUGAAGAAGUUAGUGAAUUUUAGGAAUCAGUCCUCAAAGAGUUUGAAAUCCGAGGUCAAGACUCUGGCAAAGAUUAGGCACAAGAACAUUGUUAAGAUUCUGGGGUUCUGCCACUCUGAUGAGUCAGUUUUUCUUAUCUAUGAGUUCUUGAAUGAAGGGAGCUUAAGGGAUUUGAUUUCGAGACCGGAUUUUAAGCUGGAGUGGAGUGUUAGGUUGAGGAUUGCCAUUGGAGUUGCUCAGGGACUUGCAUAUCUUCACAAGGACUACGCGCCACGAUUGCUUCACCGCAAUGUCAAGUCCAGUAACAUUCUUUUGGAUGCAAACUUUGAGCCAAAGCUCACAGAUUUUGCUCUUGAUAGAGUUCUUGGAGAAGCUGCAUUUCAGUCUACUUUGGAUUCUGAAGCACCAUCUUCCUGCUACAUUGCACCAGAAUAUGGUUACAGCAAGAAAGCCACUGAACAAUUAGAUGUGUAUAGCUUUGGUGUUGUAUUGCUAGAGCUAGUGAGUGGAAGACAAGCUGAGAAAGCAGAAUCAAGUGAAUCCAUUAUUGACAUAGUGAAGUGGGUUAGGAGGAAAGUGAAUAUAGCAAAUGGGGUGCAACAAAUUCUUGAUCAAAGAAUAUCAUCAACUACAUGCCACCAAGAAAUGGUUGGAGCCUUAGACAUUGCUCUCCGUUGCACCACAGUGGUUCCUGAGAAGAGGCCAUCAAUGGUGGAAGUUGUGAAGUCUCUUCAGUCCCUUGAGUUAAGGACUUGCAUUGCAAACUUGCAAGAUCAACCACCAAAUGAGGAACACUCCAAUAUUCCAAUCUGAUUAUAUACAUUUUUUUGGGGGGUGUAGUCUUUGUAAUGUAAAUUAUCAGCUUUAUAUUUCACAUGUUUCCUUUUUUAUUUUAUUUGGAAUGUGAUGAAUUUGGAAUAUAGAAAUUGUUAGAGCAAUGACUCAUUCAAUGUGUCGCACAGGUUACUUACCACUGGUAAUGGUAGUCUAAUGGGUACCAUCUUGUAUUUGUUCAUAAACUAUCGUUUUUUGUGUUGUUUUAGGCUUA